AUGGUGUCUUGCCUCAAUAAUCGAAAGGAGGUUCCAACCAUUUCACGGGCGUCCUUCACCUCCCGAGCGCUUCCCCUCAUGCGCCCUUCCCACAAGACCUUCCGUACCAAGACCAUCUUGGCCAAGAAGCAAAAGCAAAACCGACCCAUCCCACAGUGGAUUCGUCUGAAGACGGGUAACACCAUUCGCUACAACGCCAAGCGCCGCCACUGGCGCCGCACCAAGCUCGGCUUGUAA